GGGUGGUGCCGGGCAUGGCGGCGGGCGUGAGCUACUCGCCCCCCUGGUGGGUCAGCCUCUUGCACCGCCUGCCCCACUUCAACCUGCGCUGGGAGGCCGUGGGCGACGACUUCCGACCCGAGGACACCGAAUACCAGCAGGCUCUGUUGUUGUUGGGUGGUGUCGCUCUGUCCUGCCUUGCUCUGGAUCUUCUCUUCCUCCUCUUCUAUUCGUUCUGGUUGUGUUGUCGCCACCGCAAAAGUGAAGAACAGCUGAAUGCAGAUUGUUGCUGUACAGCCUGGUGCGUCAUCAUUGCAACUCUAGUCUGCAGUGCUGGCAUAGCUGUUGGCUUCUAUGGAAAUGGGGAGACCAGCGAUGGCAUUCAUCGGUUGACGUAUUCCCUACGACAUGCCAAUCGCACUGUUGCUGGGGUCCAAGACCGGGUGCAUGACACUGCCAUCGCUCUGAACAAAACUGUAGAGCCAAAAUUGGGAGAUCUUGAAGUAAUGUUCACCAAGCACGCAGAUUACCUGCGCAUUGUCCAAAAACUCCAGGGACUGUUGGAUGAGCUGGUGAGGCAGACAACAGAGAUUCCUUUCUGGAAGAAUGAUGAGGUCUCGCUGGAAGAACUGGCAAUUCGUAUUGAUCUGUAUGACUGGUACAGAUGGCUGGGAUACCUGGGCCUGCUCUUGUUCCACGUCCUGAUCUGUUUGCUGGUGCUAUUUGGACUAAUUAGAAACUCCAAGGCCAUUCUUAUAGGAGUGUGCCUUCUAGGGGUGCUUGCCCUCAUUGUGAGCUGGGGUUCCCUGGGUCUGGAGCUAGCUGUUGCUGUGGGUUCCAGUGACUUCUGUGUUAACCCUGAUAACUACAUAUCCAGAGUGGUAGAGGAUCAUGCCGUGCUCACUACUGAUACUCUGAACUAUUACCUUGUUUGCAAUGCUGGCUACCCAAAUCCCUUUCAGCAGAAGCUGUCGGGAAGCCACAAGGCCUUGGUAGAAAUGCAGGAUGACGUGACGAAGCUCAUCAGGUCCGCCAUCAAAGAAUACCCCACUUCUAAGGAGUACCUUAAUCGAAUUCAGGAAGUUCUGAACUCCACAGAAAUCAACCUGCAGCACCUGACUGCCUUGGUGGACUGUCGGAGUCUGCAUUUGGAUUACAUCCAAUCUCUGACGGGCUUCUGCUAUGACGGCGUGGAAGGGCUGAUCUACCUGGUCCUCUUCUCUUUCGUCACGGCCCUCAUGUUCAGUUCGAUCGUGUGCAGCGUCCCACACACCUGGCAGCAGAAGAGGAGUUCAGACGACGACGGAGAGGAUGAAUCGACCGCGCAAGGGAACAGGCAAACGCACGACAACUUGUACCGGGUGCACAUGCCCAGCCUUUACAGCUGUGGCAGCAGCUAUGGCAGCGAGACCAGCAUUCCAGCUGCAGCGCACACAGUCAGCAAUGCUCCUGUCACAGAGUACAUGAGCCAGAAUGCAAAUUUCCAGAAUCCCCGCUGUGAGAAUACUCCUUUGAUUGGCCGAGAGUCCCCACCUCCCUCUUUGUAUUUGGCUGCCAUGGACAGUAGCAGCCAUAUGAGCUGGCAGUUUAAGCCCUCGGACAGUGCUCGGACGUACUGGUAACAGCGCCCGCAAAAUCGAACAGUACACCUCCAGCAUGAGAGCCAAAUACCUCGCCACCAACCAGCCUCGGCCGGACUCUGGCAGUGUGCAUUAAAAACUGGAACAUGUUUUAAUUAAAAAAAAAA